AUGAAUCCAGAAGAGCCCAUAGAAGAUGACUACGCAAAAAAUUACAGAUCACGCUUUACACUUGACAAGACAGAUAGCAAAAAACAUAAAGGAAUAAAAUGCUGUGGUCAUAAUACUUGUCAUUUAGAUCGAUACAAUCUCAUUAGCAAUGUGAAACCAUUCACAGCAAGACCAUAUACUUUGUACAAAAUUGUUUUGACAACGGCUGAUGUUCCUGGUGCUGGUACAUCGGCUCAGAUAUACAUAACACUCAAAGGAGAAUGGGGAUCAUCCACUCGUCAAAAGCUUAUAAAGGAAAAAUUUGCAACUAGGCAUCCUCCUUUUUGUCUUUAUCCUGGUUCGACAUCCACUUUUUCAGUAGUUUCUCCAGAUUUAGGAGAAUACUCAAUUGUAACUGUAACUGGAGAUCAGGAGGGUUCUGGAACAAAUAGCAAAGUAUAUAUUACGAUUUAUGGAAGAACUGGAAUUACUCCCCGAAUAGAAUUAAGCCAAGAAAAUAAAAGCACAGGAAAAGAAAUCUUAUGUGCGCCCUUUGGACGUGGUACAAGUUCAAAAUUUAUUGUCAAAGCUCCAAAUGUUGGUGCUAUUACAAAUAUUCGUAUCAAGCAAGAUGAAUCCGGAAAUGAACCCCAUUGGUUUUUAGAACGUGUUGUAGUGACUGAUAUGUCAUAUCCUCAGUGGACCUAUUACUUUCAUUUUGGAUGUUGGCUGUCUAGCAAAUAUGGUGACGGUAAAUCGAGCAGACUUGUUCGAGGUUACAGGGAACCUACUGGAACAGGUAUUGAAACAGAAUACAAACUGACAUUUUAUACAUCUGACAAAAAAGAUGCUGGAACAACGGGUGAAGUAUAUGUUAAACUAUAUGGUGAAAAAGAUUCCAGCAGAGAAAUAUGGGUCAAUUCUAUACAGCAUGCAACUGGAGAACAACCAACACAUUAUCAUUUUACUCGUGGAUCAAUUGUGGAAGUUUACUUACCACCAUGUCCCCAGUUAGGUGAGAUAAUUAAACUUAAAGUUGGACAUACUAAAGAUGGUUCAUCCCCUUCGUGGUUACUAAACAAGGUAAUUGUAGAUGAUCUAAGAAUGAAUCGUGUGUUUGAAUUUCCUUGUUUCGCAUGGAUCACAGAACCCAGUGAAACGAUCAUUUUUUGUGAAAAGUCAAUUAAGAAAGAAGCAAAGGAAAUUAUUUGGCAGAAGAUACCAUUAGAAGUCCGCUUGUACACAGGUGAUGUACCCAAUGCAGGGACGACUGCUCGAGUUUAUCUUCGAUUAAGUGGUCCUGAAAAAAUAACCAUUAGCAAACCCCCUUAUUUAAAUUAUCAAACAACUAACACUACUGCACAAAAGGAAUCUGACAUCAGACUGGAUCAUAAAGAACAGAAAACCACAGCUGAAGACAAAGAUGAUGUAUAUACAACUUCAUACAUAUGGCUGGAAAAUGGAAAUUAUCAAAGAAAUGGUGUUGCAUUAUUUUCUCUUGAUUUGCCAGUACCAAAGUUUAUCAGUCCUCUAUCUCAGCUGGUAAUAGGACAUGACAAUACUGGUCAUUCACCAGCUUGGUUUCUUGAUAAGGUUCAAAUCUAUUGUCCAUUGAAUGGAGUUGAACAAACUUUCCUGUAUCGUAAAUGGUUAACAAGUAACAAACCAAACAUGAAGGCUGAACAGAUAUUAUAUGAAGACAAAUCUUUAAGAAAAUGUACUGAUAAAAAAGUACCAUGGGAAAUUUCAGUAAAAACCAGCCCAAUAACUAAUAGUUACGUGACAGCUGCAGUCAGCAUUAUUAUAUUUGGUACCAAAGAUAAAACUACGAAAAUUCAGUUGGAUCGUUCAAAUUUAGAAGUAUCCUCCGAGUGGACUAAGAUAUCAAAGAAUGAAGUAAUUGAAAUGUUCAAGCCAAACGUCGAGUCGAAAUUUCGUAUUUAUAUUAAAGAUAUUGGUAUACCUUGUAAACUAAGAGUUGCACAUGAUAAUAAAGGUUCAAAUCCAAACUGGCAUCUUGAAGAGAUUCUUUUAACUAAUCUUAGUACUCACGAGCAAUAUAAUUUCUAUUGCAAUCGUUGGUUAAGUACUCGUGAAGACGAUGGGUCUAUUUUGCGAGAUAUCCCAGCUAAAGGCCCUGGAAUAACUAAUCCUCUAUCACUUUAUCAUUACAUCAUUCAAAUAUUUACUGGGAAUAAACCAAACUCCGGUACCAAUGCAAAUAUUUUCAUAAAUAUAUUCGGUGAUAAAGGUGACAGUGGCGAAAGAUGGCUAAGACGAUCAGUUAAUAAAAAUUCAAAGUUAUUUGAACAAAAUCAAAUGGAUGAGUUUGUAAUUGAAGCAGUUCAACUGGGUCCCAUCACCAAAGUUUGCAUUGGUCAUGAAGAAAGAACACCUGGAUGUGGUUGGUAUUUGGCGAAAAUUGUAUUAACCAUCAAAGAAAACCCUAAAUAUAAGCUUACAUUUGAAUGUUAUCGAUGGUUUGAUGUCGGAGAAGACGAUGGACAGAUUGUUCGUGAACUGAUUGCUCAUAGUUCAUUAAGUGCUAUCGCAUAUAAUGUAACAGUAUUAACUGGUUCAUGUCGAAAUGCUGGGACUACGGCCAAUGUUUUCGUUCAUUUGUAUGGAUUACAAGGUGAAAGUAAAGAUAUGCAACUCAAACAUAGAGAUACAGAAAUUACAAAGUUUGAAGCUGGAAAAUCUGAAGAAUUCAUUUUGGCAUGUGGAAAACUUGGUGAAAUAAAGAAAAUCAAAAUUUGGCAUGAUAACAUUGGCCCAGAUUCAGGCUGGUUCUUAGAUGAAGUGAUUGUAAUUGAUUAUUUUCUUGGACGUCAUUAUGUAUUCCAUGUAAAUAGAUGGUUAGCUAAAAAUGAAGCUGAUGGACUGCUAACAUUAGAGCUACUGCCUACAAGUAUCAUUAGUAUAGAAAGAAUGAUCCCUCACGAAGUCGUGAUAUUCACUGGUGACAAAAGCGGAAGUCAGACAAAAAGUAUUGUCACUGUUCAGUUGUAUGGAACACCAUUGAAGAGAAAAACUGAAAAUAUACGAUUGUCAAAAACACAACAUUCUUUCAAAUUUGGUCAACCGGAAACAUUUCGUAUAUUUGCACCAGACAUUGGGCCUUUACAAAAAUUAAUAGUUGAACGUGAUGGUACAGGUUCAUCAGAUGGAUGGUACUUGGAGAAAGUUCUAAUUAGAAAGCCAUCUAAUUUCUUCCAGAAAAUGAAUCGUUCUCCAACAACUAGUCCUGUCAGAUCAGUAAACUUUCAGUUAUCAAAAGAUCGCAUGAUACCGCAAAAAGAUUCUAAUCAAUUCAAUUAUACACAAAAUGAUAAAAAUAUUGAUGGUCCACCGAAUAAUUUCUCUGUCCCGGAAGAAAUAAAAGAUGCAGAAGGAGCUGAAAACUACUGGUUCUUUUUUAAUGCUUGGCUGUCUAAACAGUAUGACAAAAAACAAAUGAAUGGUGAAAGCUUUUCCUCCACUGAAGAUGGAAAACCUUUGCAAACGCUUAUGGAGUCUUAUUAUGAAGUCAUUGUGAAAACUGGUGAUCGUAAGUUUGCAGGCACUGAUUCUCAUGUUUAUUUAACAAUGUUUGGCAUAAAUAGUGAAUCAAAAGAAAUUCAUUUAUCAAAUUCAAAAACACACACUAAUAAAUUUGAACAAAAUCAUGAAGACAUAUUUGAUUUGAAUGCAAUCGGUUUGGGGUCAUUGAUAAAGGUUCGAAUACGACAUUCUAACACAGGUAUUGCACCUGGCUGGUUUCUAGACUACAUUUUAAUCCGUGAAAGUUUUCAACAAAAGAAAAUCGAGUAUUUUUUCCCUUGCUAUCAAUGGUUAUCUGCUACAAGUGCAGAUGGGUUGGUUAUUAGAGAACUUCCCGUUGCUUCGGAAAAUAUUCUUGAAAGAUGGAAAUCUGGUCAUGAUAUUUUUGACGAUUCAAGACUUAUUUUAGAAGACCAAAGUACAAUUUAUCAUGUACGCAUUCAUACGGGUUCUCAAUCCAACAUCAGUUCCGAUGCUAAUGUUCAAAUACAGCUUUACGGUGAUAAAGAUUUCACUGGGAAUAUUAGACUUUAUAAAGCAUAUUAUGGAAAUGAAGAUGUACUUGUGAAUAAAUACCAAGCUGAUCAAGUAGCAGAUUUCAUUGUCAAAGCAAUUAAUGUUGGCAAUAUUAAAAAAAUCAGAAUCGAACAUAACACAGCCGGAGGAUCUUCUAAGUGGUUAAUUGACAGUGUCGAAGUUGAAGCCAAAAAACUUGGACUUUUAUGGAAAUUUGAAUGUAACCGAUUCAUCACACCGCAACAACCUGAACUAAUAUUGUAUCCUGCACCAAAAGACAUAUCAUUUGUAAAGCCUAUGAUCAACUAUCAAAUUAAAACAUUUACAAGUGAUAUUUCUGGAGCAGAAACAACAAGUAGUGUGUAUAUUCAGCUGUACGGAAAUGAUGGUUUACCAAGCUCCAUAAGACGUCUACAUCAGAAUAACGAAAGUGAACUAAGAUUCCAACGCAACAGAGUCGACACAUUUUACGUUGAACUAGAAGAGUUACAAGAACCAUUCAGUAAGCUAAGAAUAUGGCACGACGAUAAAGGUAGUUCAACAGACUGGCACUUGAAUAAAGUAGAGAUCAGGAAAAUCAAAACAGGUCAAUAUGUCUUCGUUACUUAUAUAUUUCCGUGUAAUAAAUGGCUUUCACAUAAAAUGGAUCAAUCUGCAUUGGAACGUGAACUUAUUCCAAGUCAUAUGCUUCAGGAUCAAAAUGGUAUAUUACAACUUGAAAGACAAAUAUCACCAAAAUGGUUAAUGAACACUUAUGAAGUAAGAAUAAUCACUGGUGACAAGGCGUACGCUGGAACCGAUGCCUCCGUCUACCUCACAUUGUUUGGUGAAAACGGUGAUAGCGGUGAACGUAAAUUGAUAAAAUCUCUUACACAUCGAAAUAAGUUUGAACGUGGACAGACAGAUGUAUUUCAACUGGAAAUAGUAGAUUUGGGAAAAAUUAACAAAGCGCGCAUAAGACAUGACAAUUCAGGUGUUAAUCCUUCUUGGUAUUUAUCUAAAAUCGUAGUUUUCAACAUUUCAAAGUCUCAAAAUGUACAAGAUUUGAAACAUCAUCCCAAAGAAACUCAUCAUCUAAUGACGUAUGUAUUUAAUUGUGAAGCUUGGUUAUCAACCGAACAUGACGAAAAAGUCUUGGAUAGAUUCUUUACAGCUGAAACAAUUAAAGCCGAAGAUACACCUGGCUUUGCAUCAACUAUUGUGCCAAAAAGUCCCAAAGAUGACGUUCCUCCUAAAUUAAUGCCAGAUUUGUCUAAGGAGAAAAAACUGUCUCAAACUGUGCCCUAUUUGAUUACGGUUAUCACUGGUUCAGACAGGAAAGCUGGAACGACCGGUCCUGUGUGGAUUUGCUGUGUUGAUAAAGAUAAAAGGAAUUCAGAAAAGUUAAUUCUAAGUGAUAGUUAUGGUAGAACGACGUUGAAAAGGGGAACUACAAAACAUUUUCGUUUCUCAGGUGUUAAAAUCGAUGAUUUGACUGAAGUACAAGGUAAAAACAAACAUUGGAAACUACAGUGUGUGGAAGUAACUGUCGGCAAUACAAAUGAAUUAUAUCGUUUUGUAUAUGAUGACUGGCUUAGUUUAACGUAUGGUAAACGAAAAUCAAUAUGGGUUGACCUGCCAUCUAUGAUUGGUGAUACUGUUCAGUUGAAAGAGACAUGUUUGGAUAUAUUUGUUAAAACUGGAAGUAUCCCGGGCUGUUCUACAGAAGCAAAUGUUUAUGUACAACUUUUUGGUGAAUAUGGUGAUUCAGGAGAGAUAUUAUUAAAACAGACUGUAUCGAAUCAGAAACCUUUUCAAAAUAAUUCAAUUGAUCAUUUUAAAAUACCAUCGAUUUUGAAACUUGGUAAUCUCGCUCGUUGCCGAAUAUGGCAUGAUAAUAAAGGAUCAUCACCAAAUUGGUAUUGUGAAUGGCUAGAAGUGAAAGAAGUUUUAAUCACGGGUGAAAAAAGUUUGACAUGUAACUGGAAAUUUUCAGUCAACAAAUGGUUAUCCAUAAGUGACGAUAACAAACAGUUAUUAAGAGAUGUUCCAUGUUCUGAAGUUUAUGUCAAUGAUUCAAAAGGUCAAAGAACUACUGAUCAGGAGUCGACUGAGAUUAUGAUAAUAAUGGCAAAUUCUAUGAAUCUCUUCGACCUGAAAGAAAGUCCUGAAGGAAAACUAGUAUAUGACAUAGUGAUAGAAACUGGAAAACUAAAGGAUUCUGGUACAACUUGUGAUGCUUGGAUAAUGAUAGAAGGUAAACACGGUCGUAGUCCGAAAUUGGAACUAGUUAACCAAGUUGACAAUCCAAUACUUCAAGUUAACCAAGUGAACAAAUUUCAGUUACCAAGCUUUCCGCUGGGGGAUCUUGAAACCAUUCGACUAGGUAUACAACAGCAAAAUGUUAUUAGUCAAGCAAAUCAAAAUGAUAUUCAAUCACAAAAGUGGUUUUGUGAAAAAGUAAGCAUAAUAGAUCCAGUAAGCAAACGGACAUAUAUAUUUGCUAUUAAUCAAUGGUUAAGUGUUAUGCCGACUCCGAAUUCCAAGAAGGAUGUUCUGGUGAAUUAUAGUCAAAUAAUUGAAGAUCCUUAUAAGAAAUCGUUCAAUGAACUUAAACAUAGACGAACUAUCAUUUACAAGGUAUCCAUUUACACUGGAACAAAAGGUUGCGCAAACACAGAUGCUAAUAUUUUCAUCACGAUGUUCAGUAAUACACCGGGCCUGAACUCUGGACGGAUUGCUUUGAAACGAGAAAACAAACAUUUGUUUGACAAGAAACAACUUGAUGAAUUUUUUGUUGAAUCUAUCGAUUUAGAAUUUGUUCAACGAAUUAUCAUAGAACACGAUAACACAGGUGUUAGCCCCGACUGGUAUUUAGAUAAAAUACUAAUCACAAAUCAGACUAACGAUCAGAUUCACAUAUUCCAAUGCUAUCAGUGGAUUUCAAAGAAAAAAGGUGAUUGUAAAUCAUGGAAAGAAUUACUGGUCUCAAGUUAG